GGAACGUGAUGGGACAAAUUUUUUUGGCAUGCCUACUUAUAGUAACAGUCGUCAAUGUUCAGGGCUACAGGAAAUAUGGACGUAAUUGCAGAGAUAUAUCAUGUGCUCCGGGUCAGAAAUGCAUCAUAGCCAAAAAACCUUGUACAGAAUCAAAUCAAAUUGGCGAUCAAUGCGGGGAGUAUCCUACAUGUGAAAUAACUGAAAAAUACUCAUUGACUUCAGGGAAUUUUUUGGAACGUCGGAAGCGUCAAGCUAAUCAGCAAGGAUACGGAAUGGGUGGAACUGGAAUGGGAAGAGGCAACGUGAUGAACAAUGGAGGAAAUGGAAUGGGAGGGCAGAAUGGAAACGGAAUGGGAAGUCAGAACGGAAACGGAACGAGAGAAAACGGUAUGGGAGCAAUGGGUGGACAAAAUGGAAACGGAAUGGGAAGUAAAAGCGGAUAUGGAAUGAGAGGAAACGUUAUGGGGGGAAUGGGUGGACAGAAUGGAAACGGUAUGGGAGGAAACGGAAUGGGACCAAUGGGAUUGGGUGGUCAAGGAGGAAAUGCAAACGGGAUGUAUGGCAAUGGUAUGGGAAUGGGUGGCAGAGGAAACGGGAUGGGUGGCAAUGGCAUGGGGCCAGGAGGAAUGGGCGCUAAUGGAAUGGGUUAUGGUGGUAUGGGUGACAAUGGAAUGGGUGACAAUAGAAUGGGUGGCAGGGGAAACGGGAUGGGUGGCAAUGGAAUUGGUAACGGUGGCGUGGGCGGUAAUGGAAUGGGAGGUCAGGGCGGAUACAACGGAAUGGGCAGACAAAUUGGAAUGGGACGUCCAAAUGGAAUGGGUGGACCACCUGGCGGUCAAAGUGGAAUGGGUGGACCACCUGGCGGUCCAAAUGGAAUGGGUGGACCACGUGGCGGUCCAAAUGGAAUGGGUCCUGGAAACUGGCAAGGAAAUAGGAACGGGGCCAACGGAUAUAAUGGUAAUGGUAAUAAUCGCUACUGGGGUGGUAACUCUAAUCAAAGCUACAGUACAACUUCCGCUACAAUAACGAAUGGCUGGUUAUCUUAAGAGACCGACAAAAAAGGAAAGCCUGA